UCUGUUUGUUCAGCUGCUGAGAAGCCUGACACACCAGUGCCACUUGGAAGAAGCCAUCCAUUGCUCAGCAGAGCAGAGCAGCUGAGACAUCUGUGCCCUGACGAGAAGGCCUGCUGGGUUGAGCAAGAUGGGUUAUCAGACGACAAGUCCGUUCUAUGACAUCGAUUACAGUACGUCAGAGCCCUGCCAAAAAACCGACGUGAGACAAAUCGCAGCCAGGCUCCUGCCACCGCUCUACUCGCUGGUGUUCAUCUGUGGUUCUCUGGGUAACAUGCUGGUCAUCCUUGUCCUGAUAAAGUACGUAAAGCUAAAGAGGGUGGCUGACAUCUACCUGCUCAACUUGGCCAUCUCUGACUUGCUUUUCGUUCUCACCCUCCCAUUGUGGGCUCACUACGCAGCACACAGUUGGGUUUUUGGAAAUAGAAUGUGUCAACUUUCGAUUGGACUCUAUUUUAUAGGCUUCUUCUCUGGAAUCUUCUUCAUCAUCCUCCUGACAAUCGACAGGUACCUGGCUAUCGUCCAUCGUGUGAUUCCUUUAAAGGUCAGCACCGUCGCCUUUGGGGUGGUGUCAAGUGGGGUCACUUGGCUGGUGGCUGUGUUUGCCUCUCUUCCAGGAAUCAUCUUUACCAAAUCCCAAAAAGAAGACUUCUUGGAAUCUGAGAAAGAGUCUGUUUACUCCUGCGGCCCUUAUUUUCCACCACAAUGGAGGAAUUUCCAUAUAAUAAUGAUCACCAUUCUCAGCCUGGUCCUGCCACUGCUGGUCAUGAUCAUCUGCUACUCAGCAAUCCUGAAAACCCUGCUUCAAUGUCUCCCCAGGAAGAAGCAUAAGGCCGUGAGGCUCAUUUUCGUGAUCAUGAUAGUGUACUUUCUCUUCUGGGCUCCCUACAACAUCGUCCUUCUCCUGAGCACCUUCCAGGAAAUCUUUGGCUUGAGUGACUUUGAGACCUCCAGUCGGCUGGACCAAGACAUGCAGGUGACGGAGACUCUUGGGAUGACGCACUGCUGCAUCAACCCCAUCAUCUACGCCUUCGUUGGUGAGAAGUUCAGAAGGUAUCUCUCCAUGUUCUUCCGAAAGCACAUUGCCAAACAUCUCUGCAAACCUCGCUGCCCAGUUUUCUGUGGGAAGACUGUAGAACGAGUGAGUUCAAGAAACACCCCUUCCGCUGGGGAGCAGGAACUCUCAAUAGCUUGAUAAAGGAGCAGCAGUUUGCUUAUUUUCAAAGGGAGAUAACAAUCUAUAUUUGAUAGUACACCUCGGGGUUUGCUGAGGAAUAGAGGCCUGUAAGUCUCUAAAGCAAGUGCCCAAGAACCUCAGGGCUGUGUGUACCAAGACAGACUUUUGUCACUCCUUGCAUAGCCAAUGUGUGCUCAGGGAAUAUUCCAGAACAACUGUGGGUAGAGACGUUAACUCUCCAGCAAACUCAUCUCAGUUCCUGGAAAUGCCUCAUCGCCUUGUGCUGAUGCUCUUUUUCCAGCCUCCUCCAUGUCUUCAUUCGCUCUCUGAUUCCAUCAAUCUCUUGUAAUCAAGGACCCAGCUGGAGGUGGGGAGGAGCGCAGCCAGGUACCGGUGAACAGAAUGAGAGUGAGUGGGGUCAGGGCCAAGUGUAAGGAGGAGGGAGACAUGAGCACAGCUGAGGCUGGAUGAAGAUGAAGGUGAUGGGUUCGCUCAUUCAGCCAGAAAAUAAAUCUCCCACCCGUGUUUGACUUUGAAGACUCCACCAGGUCGUGGAGAGCUUGGGAACUGCGAUAACUUUCUGGAGCUUUGGUUGGGUCCGUGAUCCCCUUCUCCGUACACGCAUGACACAUGUUCGCCAUAUUACGUUUUAUCUAUAACAAACACACACCCUACAUUUGAAGUUUACUAAAUAUCAUGCUCCAUUUUUCACAUGGUUCUUAGGCCACAUCCCUCUUUAUAAAAAUUUGUGACAAUUUUUGUUUAUUAAAUAUGCAUGAGCUACAAUGAGAUAAACAAUUAAAAGCCCUGGUUUGGUCUUUCCAGGGAACGGUGUGGGCUGGAGGUAGUGAUUAUGGGAAAGUGUGGGGACUAGUGAGUUCCUCCAUCAGGAGUGGAAGAGCCUUAGCAAGAACACAGGAGGACGUGUGAGACCACUAUGCUUCCAGAAUCAGCUCAGAGGAGAGGCCAGGACGGAUGCACCAGCACCAGUAGAGGCCUCACGUCUUAGAUCGGACCAUGCACACACGUGUGUGUGUGUGUGUGAGUGUGUUUGUGUGUGUGUUGUGUGCAUCUGUUUCCUGUUGCCUUUGCCUGCCUCCCUGCUGCCCUUGACCCAUCUGUUUCCCCACAGCCUUUGCCACAUAACUCUUGCCUGUAGGAUUGUCCUUCUCCCAAACCCAGUUUGUGGAUGUCUAGCGGGGUAGAGUUGGGGAGAAUGUGAAGGAAACUGUGCAACAAGCAGGUUCGUUGGGCCCAGGAGAGGGAAAACAAUGGGUGGGGGCACUGGGGUGUGUCCUUGGGGCAGAGAAGGGGUCUGAGAUGUGACAGAGACCCCUGCCUUGGAAAUCACCCGUCUGGCCUAUGAUCUCAGGGUGUAAGUUAUCAGGUUGGGCGGGCCUAGAUGAAGAACACUGUAGAUGGGUUGGUACAAACUACCUUCCAGGACCUCGUUGUUGAAUAUAGGCAUAGAGUUCAACAUUUUUUUGUAAAAGUAAAAUUAAAGCUGAAAGCUGCAGUUUGCAAAUGUGGUUGCUGGGGACUGGAAUUGGCCACCCAAAGACAUGUCUCUUUGGCAUGAGGAUUAUUUUGGGCUGGUUACUUUUAAAAACUUCAAACAUGAGAGAAACUCUGAAAAGUAGAAUUUACUUACCCUUUGUUAAGAGACAUUUACAUUUGUAAAGAAAAUCUCCAUCUGUAAAUGUGUCUUCCUCUCUGUACCAGGAAGAAGGGGGGAUGACCUUAUCUCUAGAAACUCUUAAUCAAUGUGGAAGGCAAGGACUUAAAUCUGCAUUAUAACCUUACCCUUGUUUACUGUGCUUUUCUGGUAAUCUCCCAUAACUGACUCCCCCCAAUCCCAACAUCCUCCUUUGUCUUUAGCUGAGGAUAUAAGGUGAGAGCUUCUGCCAUUUUGGUGAGUUACUCAGUUUUUCUGGGUCUCUCCCAUGUAUACAUGUUGUAAAGCUUUGUUUAAUUUUCUCCUGUUAUUCUGUGCCAUGUGAAUUUAAUUUGUUGUCCAGCCAGAAGGACCCAGAGCAGGUAGAGUAAAUGUCUUCCUCCCCUACAGUUUGGCGACUUGGAUGGGAUAAAAUUUCACUGGCUGGACACUGCUCACUCCUGGACUGCUUGCAACCAAGAGAUCCUGGACCCCUGAUGAGAGCUGGCAAGAGCUAAGAGUUCUUACGACGUCAGUCUCCCGGAUCUCUGCUUGCAGGGUCCAAUGGAAGCAGGAGUGGUGAGAUUUUUUGCUUUUCUAAUUUUAGACUAGUGGGGGGAAUUUUGGUGAGGCUAGUGUCAAUGCAAAUAAUCCAUAACCAACCUAUAAAUCAAAAUUGGGGUGAGUUUAUUAUGAGCCAAAGUGAAGAUUAUCACCGGGGAAGGCCUUAGAAGGCAUUCCAGAGAAGUGUGAGUUUCAGUACUGUCUUAUAUCUUUUCAGAACAAAGAAGAUACAUUGGACACACCCAGGAUACAUUUUCAAAGAGGUAUUCGGUUGCAAAUUAGCGGGUCAACAUGACCAUGAUGCCAGGAAAGGGACUAAUCCAGGCGUUACCAAUAGGGCGUUACCAAUAAGGUGUUGUUACCAAUAGGUCACAGGAGCGGAAGUAUGCAUUCUUUCUCUCAAGAGAGUCCUUACUUUAAUGGAUAAGCAGAUGUACAAUGUGUGUUUGAUAGGCCAUAAGUCAGGCUUUCUAGUUCAAGCCGAAUCAGUUUUGAACUCGAAUAGUUACCCUAUAUACCUCAAUAUGUGAAAAUUUCUUGUCACUAGCUUCUUGGAUUCAGCAACUCUGGGAUUUGGUUGAGCACCCGUUGGUUGUAGAUCCUUUUCCUCCCAGAGAGAGUACUUUUCCUCGUCUGUCUUUUUUUGUUGUUUGUCAUAAGGUACAGACACCUCUAUAAGCCUGUUGUCUGGGCCUUUUGUCUUGUUCUAUGUCUUGAGAGCUUGGUUUUGUGAAUUUUCUGGUCUCCGCCAUCUGGAGGAGGCAUGUACUGGCACACAUCUUGGUGGCCAGUGGAGUAGACUGGGGUGCCGGGACACACUCUCUUUGUCUGGCUGUGUUAGCUCUCAGGGGAGUUUGUCAUAGGGGGUCCCUACUGCUUUCAUGAGGGGUGUUUGUCAUCUCAACCUUUGUUGCUUGCUGUGCAAGGAAGGCCUUUACUUUCUUAGACUAUUUUUGGGAGUGAACGUUUCUGGAUCUCUUUUGGGGACGCCUCCCGUGUCCACAGUUAAGCUUAUUGGCUGAGUUGCUUUUAAGAUCCUACUCGUCAAUAUGGCCAGACGAUGGAUCAUUUAAAUUGGGAAAACUUCUAAAUUGGGGGAAAAAAUUUGUGAGAGUUCUCAUCAUAAUUUUUAUCGGUACAUAUGAAAAGGCCAAAUUAAAAAAGAAACACACACACAGAAAAAUAGUGACUAGCUUUAAGCCCCUGACUCAGGUUACAAUUGAAAUGAUGAAAAAUAAAAGUGUAAGUGUUGAUAAGUUUAUAAAGAUUAGAAUGCUUGAGCUGAUUUUUUUUUAUAAAGAGGUUAUAUCAACUUUGCCUGAGUAUGUUUUAAAAUGUCUAACUGGGAAUACUUCCCUGUCCAAUAUUAUAAGGCCAUGACCUAUUGAUAAAGUCCUGCCCAUGGGUCCUGUCCCCACGCUAUUCUCUGAAUAAAGGAGUACUACUACCAGAC